GACAAGAUCUGUGAUCAGAUAAGUGAUGCUGUUCUAGACGCUCAUCUACGGCAAGAUCCCGAUGCUAAGGUUGCUUGUGAGACUGUAUGUAAAACUGGAAUGGUAUUGCUCUGCGGUGAAAUUACAUCCCGAGCUGUUGUAGACUACCAGAAAGUGGUUCGUGACACCAUCAAAUACAUUGGAUAUGAUGACUCUGAAAAAGGUUUUGACUAUAAGACAUGCAAUGUGCUUGUAGCUCUGGAACAGCAGUCUCCAGAUAUUGCUCAAGGUGUACAUUUAGAUCGUAGAGAAGAAGAUAUUGGAGCUGGUGAUCAGGGUUUGAUGUUUGGCUAUGCAACAGAUGAAACAGAAGAGUGUAUGCCACUGACUAUUGUCCUUGCCCACAAGCUAAAUGCAAAAUUAGCAGAAUCAAGGCGCAAUGGAGAGCUGCCAUGGCUUAGACCAGAUUCGAAAACACAGGUGACAGUAAAGUAUAUCCAGAAGAAUGGGGCUGUUAUCCCUGUCCGUGUACACACCAUUGUAAUAUCGGUACAGCAUGAUGAAACCAUUUCUCUGAAUGACAUGCGGGAGGCCUUAAAGGAGAAAGUUAUAAAAGUGGUGGUCCCUGCCAAGUACCUUGAUGAGAAGACUAUAUAUCACCUACAGCCCAGCGGACGUUUUGUCAUCGGUGGCCCACAGGGUGAUGCUGGAGUCACUGGCCGGAAGAUUAUAGUAGACACAUAUGGAGGAUGGGGUGCUCAUGGUGGUGGAGCAUUUUCAGGGAAAGACUACACUAAAGUGGAUCGUUCUGCUGCCUAUGCUGCUCGUUGGGUGGCCAAAUCCUUGGUACAUGCUAAGCUAUGCCAUCGUGUCCUUGUUCAGGUGUCUUACGCAAUUGGUGUGGCCUAUCCUUUAUCCGUUUCUCUUUUCACCUAUGGGACCUCCGAAAAAAGUGAGAAGGAACUACUGGAAAUUGUCAAUAAGAACUUUGAUCUGAGACCUGGAGUCAUUGUCAGGGAUCUAGACCUGAAGAAGCCUAUAUAUCAAAAUACUGCAUGUUAUGGUCAUUUUGGCAGAGAAGACUUUCCAUGGGAAGUGACAAAGGAGCUGGCCUUUUAA